CUACUACUUAACCGUAAACGUCGGACGCGAUGAUGGUUUGUUCUCCUACGACUUACUCUCAGUGUUACCUCUCACUGCAACAUGGUACUGACCUACAAAUUAUCGACUACAGAUAUCUGCCUGUUUCUUUUGGCCGUCUUUGUUAUUUACAAGAUCUCGACAAAUCGCAAGAACAGCGUCACCACUAAACUACGAGGUCCUCCGAAUCAAGGCGGGCUUUUUGGUCUCAUUCGCAUCCUUCGCAAUGCGGAUGACCCGGGUCUCUUGUAUGAGCAAUGGGCAUCAGAAUACGGUUCUGUCUACAGUUUCUCUGGAUUUCUCGGAGAGCAAAGACUGGUUCUUUACGACCCGAAGGCUCUGGUGAGCUUCUAUGGAAAGAUGGGCUUUGGGUACAUCAGGACGCCCAUCGGUCGCAUGUUCAUUGAGACUCUCUUUGGGAAGAAUUUAUUAUGGGCGGAGGGGGAACUUCAUCAAAGACAACGCAAAUUUCUCACACCGGCAUUCAGUAACGCAGCCAUACGAGAUCUAACGCAUGUUUUCUAUGAUUCGGCUCACAAGACGUCCUCUGCUUGGGAUGCCAUUCUUGAGGCAAGCGACGGGACAUCCAUAAUCGACGUGCAAAAAUGGACGAACCGCAUCUCAAUGGAUAGCAUUGGUAUCGCAGGAUUCUCUCAUGACUUUGGUGCUAUCGACGGGAAACCGCAAAUUUUCGACGACUUGGACUUGAGUAGUGGUGCCACCUUUUUCGCCUUCAUGAUCAUUGCGAGUACCAUGUUUCCUGCCAUUCUUCGCUUGCCUUCCAAGAAGAAAGGAGCACUAUCUGCUAUGAACCGCGUGCUCUCCGACAUCGCCGACCAACUCUUGGCCAAAGCCAACGAACCUGGGAACGAUGAGGACAAAUCAGUAAUAAGUCUCCUACUCAAGUCCGAGACAGAUGGUGCCUACAUUCACAUGUCCCGGGAAGAGAUCGUACCACAGAUGAAUAUGUUGUUACACGCGGGCUAUGAAACGACGAGUAUUAGUCUGACGUGGGCCCUCAUUGAAAUGUGCAAAAAAACCGAUAUCCAAAACAAGCUCCGCGCAGAGCUAGUGCAAUUCGGCAACACUGAUCCAACGUGGGAGCAGCUCAACUCGAGCCUUCCAUACCUUGACGCUGUCGUACAAGAAACCCUACGUAUGCACCCCCCGGUAUUUGAAUCUAUGAGGGUGGCAACUGAAGACAAUGUCCUUCCUCUCGCUACACCCGUGGUGACCAAGUCUGGCACGACAAUUAACAGCCUUUUCGUCGCCAAAGGGACAGUUGUCUCCGCCCCAAUUCGGGCGCUGAAUAGAUCGGAGGAGUUCUGGGGUCCCGACGCGAAGGAGUUCAAACCAGAGAGAUGGCUGGAGGACAGUGCGCCGAGAGCGAAGGAGAUACAAGGUCAUCGACACCUCUUGACAUUCCUAGAUGGCCCAAGGACGUGUCUUGGAAAGACAUUUGCCUUGACUGAAUUCAAAGCUGUGCUCUUUGUCAUCGUUCGGAAUUUUUCUUUCGAAUUCCCUGGUGGAAGUGAUCCUGUCAUCGGUAAGUAUACGGGGAGUAUCUUGCCCAGACCGAAAGUCGCCGGCGAAGAGGGCGCGAAGGUUCCGUUAAGUGUGAGGAGAGUAUGAUAUGGGCAGAGCUGGGAUAGCUGUGUAAUGAUCGUGAUGAAUGUACUAAAAUACUCCAAGAGCAUAGGAUGUCUGUGAUUUCUUCC